AUGUCUCUUCUCUAUGUCAAAGGUGACGAGUCCCUUUACGCUGUCAAAGGUGACGAGUCUCUUUUCUACGUAAAAGGCGACGUGUCUCUUUUCUACGUAAAAGGCGACGUGUCUCUUUUCUGCUUCAAAGGAAACGGGUCUCCUUUCUGCGUCAAAGGGGACGGGUCUCCUUUCUGCAUCAAAGGGGACGAGUCUCCUUUCUGCAUCAAAGGGGACGGGUUUCCUUUCUACGAAACGGGUCUCCUUUCUUCAUCAAAGGGACGAGUCUCCUUUCUACGUAAAAGGCGACGUGUCUCUCUUCUGCUUCAAAGGGGACGGGUCUCCUUUCUGCAUCAAAGGGGACGGGUCUCCUUUCUACGUAAAAGGCGACGUGUCUCUUUUCUGCUUCAAAGGGGACGGGUCUCCUUUCUGCAUCAAAGGGGACGGGUCUCCUUUCUACGUAAAAGGCGACGUGUCUCUUUUCUACGUAAAAGGCGACGUGUCUCUUUUCUGCUUCAAAGGAAACGGGUCUCCUUUCUGCAUCAAAGGGGACGGGUCUCCUUUCUAUGUAAAAGGCGACGUGUCUCUUUUCUGCUUCAAGGGGACAGGUCUCCUUUCUGCAUCAAACGGGAGGGGUCCCCUUUCUACGUAAAAGGCGACGUGUCUCUUUUCUGCUUCAAAGGGAACGGGUCAACUUUCUGCAUCAAAGGGGACGGUCUCCCUUCUACGUAA